UUUUGUUAGGAUACUACCACCAACUCUGGUGCGGGUGUGCGUGCGCGGCUCUCCAUACUGAGGAUAGUGUGUGACACCUUCCACCAGCGAGAGACCAUUCCGAUAAAAUAAUAUACCUAUAUUUCAAUACCGUUGCAACACGCUUCUGUCUUAAUACCUUUGUAUCAUCAAUUAAUUCAAAAUGGGUAAAUCUCGUGGUUACAGAUCCGGUACUCGUUACGCCUUCCAAAGAGACUUCAAGAAGCAUGGUGCCAUUCCUUUGUCCACCUACAUGAAGAUCUACAAGGUCGGUGACAUUGUUGACAUCAAGGCUAACGGUUCCAUCCAGAAGGGUAUGCCACACAAGUACUACCACGGUAAGACUGGUAUUAUCUACAACGUUACCAAGUCUGCUGUCGGUGUUAUCAUCAACAAGAUUGUCGGUCACAGAUACCUCGAAAAGAGAGUCAACUUGAAGGUCGAACACAUCAAGCACUCCAAGUGCCGUGAAGAGUUCUUGAACCGUGUCAAGGAAAACGCUGCCAAGAAGUCUGCUGCUAAGGCCAACGGUGAGUCUGUUCAGUUGAAGAGACAGCCAGUUAUGCCAAGAGGCUUCAGAGUCAUCUCUACCGAAGGUAACGUUCCACAAACCUUGGCUCCAGUUGCUUACGAAACCUUCAUUUAAACAACUUUUGUCCACUUCUCUUAUGUGUAUUGUAUUUUGUUUAUAUAAGUAACUCUCCAAAUAAAACCUUUAGUUUUUACGAAUCAAUGCCAAC